AUGGGCAAAUUCUCGUUUUUCUCCCUUGCGCUCCUCGCAGCCCAGACCGUCUUUGUCAAUGGCCAGGGAUCUGCCGACACUGAGGAAAAGACGGAAUCUCCGGUUGAGCUUCCCAAGCUAGGCGUGACGGUAUCAGCCUCGUUCCCCAAGGCUGAGGUGUUCGGCGUCAAACUUGUCAAUGGCCAACCUACCGAAGCACUCCUCCAAUUCUCCAACGCAGACCCAGAGCCUGUGACUGUAACCGUCAUUGGAGGUUCUCUUUGGAGCAUUGCCGCUCCAGGAAAGCCGCCCGUCAAUGUUCGAAACCUCACCGCAACUCCAUAUGGCAUGGACGUCCCAGCCGGAGACCACAUCACGCUACCCUACAGCUUCGCCACCGAAAUGCACCCUCAAGAUUUGACAUUGAAUCUCGCUGCUGUCAUUAGCGAUAGCAAGGGAAUCAUGCACCCGAUCACCGCUUACAAUGGCACCGUCAGCAUCGUGGAGCAAGACACCAGCAUCUUCGACCCACAAGUUCUCUUCCUUUACGUCUUCCUUCUGGCUUGCUCCGCGGGCUCCGUCUACUUCUUCUACACCCUCUGGAUCGCACCUUACUUCCCUCAGAAACGCAAGGCUAGCAAGGGAUCCGAUCGUCCCCGAAAAUCUGCAGGUGUUUCGUCCUCUGUAGAUGCUGCAGACCAGGCACCUGCCACUGAUGGAACUCCUUCCACUAAGACCUAUGAUACUGAAUGGAUCCCAGCCCAUCAUAUCAACCGACCAGAAGCCCGAAAGGUUAAGUCCAGUGGUGGUCGAGUAAAAACUCGAGCAUAA